GUCUGCCACUUCAGAGAUCUCGCGAGAUUUUAUUUCAGCCCGAGCUCUUAGAUGCCUUCUAGGGUAUUACAAGAAUAUCGCGAGAACUUUAAUUGAAAUUUCUUAUACAUCCUUUAGAAAUACCUGAAAUGUGAAAACCUUCUAUUCUGGUCUCCCCACCAUCUUUUCCUGUUACUCCUAAGUAACUCGUGUAGCCUAGACUCCGUUCUCAAUCGGAUCGGCUUCAUUUUCUGUAAGAAGGGAUUCAACAACACUACGAUCGGUGCCGGAACCAAGAAUAUGUUUCCGGUGAACACAAGCAGCCCAAACCCCGCCCUAUUUACGCAGUUUAACCUCAGUGGACGGUGGCCGGAAAAGGACAAUGGUUUCCAUGUUAGCGACAAACGCACUCUAGGUAGCUCUUGAGUCUGGUAGUAUCAAGACUGCGGUGGAGCAAGAAAGUAGCCAAGGAAGCCGGUUCCCCUAUAGGACAGGAGCCAUGCCGCGUCGGGGCCUCGUGGCGGGGCCAGAGUUUGACUAUUUUCACCGUCGGUAUUUCACGCCGUCAGAAGUAGCGGAGCACAACCAGCCCGAAGACCUUUGGGUGUCUUACCUGGGAUAUGUGUACAAUCUAACGCCGCUUGUGCAGGAGUUCAAAGGAGACCUACUGCUGAAACCCAUUCUAGAAGUUGCAGGGCAGGACAUUAGCCACUGGUUUGAUCCAAAGACCAAAGACAUUCGCAAGCACAUAGAUCCGUUGACUGGUUGCUUGAGGUACCGCACCCCGCGGGGCCGCUUCGUGCACGUCCCACCUCCCCUGCCUCGCUCUGACUGGGCCAAUGACUUUGGGAAGCCCUGGUGGAAGGGGUCGAAUUACCAGGUGGGGCGAUUGUCUGCCAAGACCCGGAACAUCCGUAUCAUUAACACUCUUACGUCGCAGGAGCACACGCUGCAGGUGGGAGCUCUGGAGUCAAUGUGGGAAAUCCUACACCGUUAUCUCCCUUAUAAUGCACAUGCUGCCAGCUACACAUGGAAAUAUGAUGGGAAGAAUCUGAACAUGGAUCAUACCCUGGAAGAAAAUGGGAUCCGAGAUGAAGAAGAAGAGUUUGACUAUCUUAAUAUGGAUAGUACCCUUCAUACACCUUCGAUACUGCUCUACUUCAAUGAUGAUCUCACAGAGCUGUAGGAAAGGACAUGUAUGUGCAAGUAGACUCAAGACAUAUUUGAGUUUGCCCCUUUCUUUGCCUUGAGGUAAAAAGGUGUGGGUCUGUAGGGCCUGGGCCUAGACCUUUGUUGCCCUCUGGAAACUGGCCUAUGGUUCUUGUGCCUUUCUGAAAUGUAAGGACCCUUAUCCCUAGCUCCUCAAUGGUUUGCUCAGAGAAUAUUAGUGGGGAUACUACUAGGAGAGAAUAAAUCCUUAUAAAUGAUAGGAAGAGACCUAGGGUAUUUCAGUUUGGAAUGUGUAGAGAAGGUAGAGUUCAGGCAGACCUCUGAAGGGAUGGAAGAGAUUUUUUUGGUAAAGAUGAGAAUGAGAUGUUUGCAGGAAGAUGGGAUUUACAAAGACAGGACCCAGAAAUCCCUAUCACGAACUAUGGUUGGUUGGCUGAUUCCCUUUCUAAAGGUAGUUAGCAGGAAAAGUGAAUGGCUAUCAAUCAUUUCAGGAUAGGAUAGAAAUCAUGCUGAGAGUUUUAUGCAUCCUAUCAGGUGAAUGCUGGUAAUACUAUUUCACAGAAAGUUCCUUAGGAGUUUAGAAAGGUUCAGUAGCACAAAAGUACAGUAGUAACCUAAGAGCCACAGUGCAAAUCCACAAGCCUGCCCAACUUUGAAAGUCAGGCUCUUUUCAGUGUAAAGGAACAUUCUCAGUAGCUUCACUUAAUGCUAACAUUUCUGAUGGCUGCUCCCAAACCAUGUUUUUGCAAUGUGAGCUUGUCUUAGGCUUGUUGCACAAUGGGGAAAUGUAACCUAUUGUGUAGUCAAUAUUUACUCUAUUGAAGGGAGUUAAUUAGCAGAGCACUCUAGGGACAGAGGCAGGGAAGGCUGAAUUUCAGCCAAGCAUUAGCUAAUGAGGCCCUUUCUUUGUUAAUGUUAUAGCAAGAUUUCUGGGGGCAACAAGAUAGAUAUUUACUGACUCCAGGAGAAACCAGAAUGGAGAAAUGGCCUGUAGGUCAGGAUACCAUAGUAAGGGACCCAAAAGGGGAUACUUUCUUUUUCCUUUUCUCACACAUAUACAGAAGCAAGGAAGACGGUUGACUUUACAAGUUGGUGGCUCUAAAAGAGGAGGCUUGUUGGCUAGAUUUGGUUCCCUUUAUCCUUAGCAGAGGAGGGGAAUUAAGAAUAACUGAUAAAUUGAGCCAGGCAUGUUGACUUUAAUCCCAGCACUUGGGAGGCAGAGGCAGACAGAUCUCUGUGAGUUUGAGGCUAGCCUGGUUAACAAAGAUAGGUAUAGAACAGCCAGGGCCGUUACACAGAGAAACCUUGUCUUGGGGAUGCGGGGGUGGGGGGAGCAGAAUGAAAUGAUAAGUGGACUUCCCCUGCAGCAGCAGCUAACAGGAAUCAAGGAGCCCAUCUUCCCAGCUGUGGCUUCCGGCUCCAGUGGAGGGGCAAUGUGACCUCUGUGAGAUGCUGGGUGGGCUGCAUUGUUUUCUGAAGGUGACUGUGGGAAGCCUGAAUAAAGGUGGGACCAACCCUGUUGAUUUCAGAAGUUUCUGAAUCCACUGAUGCUAAGGACUUUCACAUAGUCUCAUGUAGCCUAAAAAUCCAUACAUUGUUUGGGUCAAUCAAUCACGAUGUUUAGUUAUCUCUGAAAUGACCUCAUGUGUAUUCUUUUUGUUGUUGUUUUUUGAGACAGGGUUUCUCUGUAGCUUUGGAGCCUGUCAUGGAACUUGCUCUGUAGACCAGGCUGGCCUUGAAUUCACAGAGACCCGCCUGCCUCUGUCUCCCAAUUGCUGGGAUUAAAGGCAUGUGCCACCACUGCCUGGCAACCUUCCGUGUAUUCUUGUUUGUUCUUCUAAGUCCUAAACUAUUUGAGAACCAAAGCCAUGUUGUUCCUCCCAUGGCAUCCUUAGGACAUGCACUUCUGGGAUGUACUUAUUUUGCCCAACUUGUCUCCCUUCCGGAGCAUGCUUUUCCUGGGGUGGGUUCUUACUCAUAGAGAUCCAUCUGCCUACUUCAGAACUUCUUGUUAGAAACAUACUCCUCUCCCUAUAUGCCCAACCUCUCAUAAAUUCUGUCCCUAAAAUCUUUGGAAUCUGUUGUUGUGUAAUAAAAUAACCAUCUUUGUCUUAAUUGCUAGGAAACUUCUGCUCUUUCCAUUUCAACUUCUGCUUUCACUAACCUAAGCAUCUUACCUUCUGCCUCAGAUCCUCAGUAGGGUUUUCAUGAUUUUGGAAUAAAGCUCUAAAUUCAGGAAGCCUUGCAUAAGUCGGGCCCUGCCUUCCUUGUACAUGUCAUUCCCUAGAGUCCUCUUUGUCCCGUGUCCUGCACAUCCUGGGUGGCCUUCUGAUCAUGGUCUCUUCUUGCAUGAGUUAACACAGAAACUGUCCUUCCAGCUUUACCAUCAUACCCUUCUACUUUCCACCUCCAUUAACCUAAGUAUACCUUCCGUUUUCCUUUUUGACCCCACCCUUCCCCUGGGUUAAGUUCUCUUAGCACUAUGUGUGUUCCAGUGUUCUUAUUAUCGAUAUAAAAUGAAAGCAAAUGACUGUCUGGCUGCUAGAUUGUAAGCUCGAAAGGGCAGAAAUCUUAUUCACUGCUGUAUUCUCCUUACUGAGCACAUAGCUGCUGCUCAAUAAAUGUGACCAAAUGAA